AUGGUCAUAGCCAGCCAUCCCUGGCCAGCCGUGACCAUGCCAGCCAGCUUAGCCAAGGCCACCUCCCGCCUCUGGAAGAACCUCGUCUACUUCCGCGUCAACUACGCCGCGGUCACCGCGCUGUGCCUGGCUGCGUCCCUCCUGGCGCACCCGUUCUCGCUAGCCAUGCUGCUGGCGGCGUGGUGCCUCCUCUACGAGCUCCGCCCCGCCGACGCGCCGCCAGUCGCCGCGUUUUGCCGCACCUUCUCCGACCGCGAGGUGCUGGGUGGCCUUGUCGCCGCGUCCGCGUUCGUCGUCUUCCUCACGUCCGUGGGCUCGCUCAUCUUCUCCGCGCUCGCGCUGGGUGCGGCGGUCGUGUGUGCCCACGGCGCGUGCCGCGUGCCUGAGGACCUGUUCCUCGACGAGGCUGACCAGGCUGCUGGUGGCGCCAGGAACCCGUUGCUGUGCGCCUGCGCGACAACCGCGGUGGCUCUCUGCUCAGCUCGCAUCUAUGGUGUGCCGGCUGCCGGGUGA